CUCCUUGUCCUGGUGGAUUUUCGAGACGCGUCUCGGCCACCCACACACCCACACAAGCCACAAAGCACCACCACAACCUACCACUAUCCGUACCAGCUUGGGCAAACAGACUUCGACGGUCCACCACUUGAUGCAUACCAUCACCGACACGCGCAUGCGACAGCCUGCUUUCAACAUGGCGGAACAGCAUGAGAAGGCCCCAUUGCUCGCCGACUGCGCUAUCGCUUUCGUGCAAAGCAAGCAGCUCUCGAGCCAGCUAAUCUCCAUUCUAUCCGAUGUCGCAAGAGAACACGGCGCCGAAGUGCUAGAGCCAGAUCGCCAGGGAAAGAUCCGGUGGAAGAAAGCCACCCACAUUAUUUCGAACACGAUUGACUUUGAAGAAUACACCGAGUCGCUGGCCGCCAUGGUGCCCGUGGUCAAGUCGGACUGGAUCAGAGUCAGCAUUCAUCGCAGAAAGCUGGCGCAGUUACGGCCCUACUCGCCAGAUCCCCGCAUGAUCUUCUCAAGCGUGACCGUCACUUGCGCCGACAUCCCAACCCUAGACAGGGAGGCAAUCUGUGGUGGCGUUUUGGCCCUCGGGGGCAUGGAGUCCAAGGAUCUAAACAAGUUAACCACCCACAUUUGCGCUCUCACACUGGAACACCCAAAAUGUCAGGAGGCGCUCGAGAAGAAGUUGAAGGCCAAGAUUGUCCUUCCUCAUUGGUUCGACGACUGCUUCCGUCUGGGCAAACGAAUCGACGAAGGUCCAUAUCUCCUCCCCGACCCGGAAGUCUUGCGCACUGCCUCCGAAGAACCGGUGAAAAUCCCAAGUAGCCAGCAACUUGAGGGUGCUAGCUCUGCUGUCCCCAGUGGCCCAUACGAACCGCAGGGGGGGGAGAAGCUCGUGGUGUUUUCGCAGAAGAAGGUUCUGUUGGGCGACGACCUCCCCAUCAACGACUCGACCCGUAAGACCAUUGGCGAGAAGAUUGCAAGAGGUGGAGGCGAGGUUGUGGGGACGGUUGAAGAGUGCAAUACCUUUGUCGGUCACUACCGUGAUGGCGAGCAAUAUGUCAGGGCUUCGCAAAUGGGCAAAGACGUCGGCAACUUGGCGUGGCUCUACUAUUUGAUUGUGUACAACGAGUGGACUUCGCCGCUUCGGCGCUUGCUUCAUUACCCAGUUCCAAGAGAACCUCUGCCAGGAUUUAAGGACCUAAAGAUCACACUCUCCAACUACGGUGGUGAGGCCCGUAUCUACCUGGAGAACCUCGUCACGGCUGCCGGUGCUACAUAUACCCGAACGAUGAAGGCAGAGAAUACACAUCUCAUCACGGCUCGCCUGCAUAGCGAGAAGUGUGAAGCCGCCAAGGACUGGAACAUCGAGAUCGUCAACCACCUCUGGAUCGAGGAGAGCUAUGUUGCCUGCCAGGCUCUGGCUCUCAACGACGACAAGUACAAAGCAUGGCCUCGGCGAACGAAUCUUGGCGAAGUUAUUGGCAAAACCUUCCUCGACGAGACUGUGCUCCGCAAUCUGUACUACCCAGGAGGAGAGGAACACAUGGAUGCGGCAGCAAAGAAGAAGAAGAGAGUGGCCGCAGCGGCGCAAAAGAACGCGCUCACCAUGAACCUGGACAAGGACUUUGGCACCAUGCAAGACUCGUUCAUGACGGAUUCGAGCCCAGCGCCUGCUGCACCGGCAACGGCGAAGAAGGGGCGAAAGCCAAAGGCGGCGGCUGCUGCCGCCCCAACCGCGCCCAACCUUGUCACGCCAGCCAAGGGUCGUCAUCUUCGCACAGGGAAGGAGAAUGAUACCCCCUCCGUCCUGUCAAGCGGCAGCCGGAAUGCCAAAGCAGCUGCGCUCUCCAAGCUUCAGGACAUUGCUCCGGAUCUGGCGUUGUAUGAGAAGGAAAAGAGGAGGCCAUUGAAGGAUGGGGUUUGGGGUGGUAAGAGGGCGAUGGAUCAGAUUGACAAGGAGAGAAGCACGAGAAGCUCUAGUCCGGACGGCCAUGCUGAUGCGGAUGAUGAUGAAGAGGAAGAGGAGACCGGUGAGAAGAGCAGGCCGUCCAAGAGGCCGAGGUUGUCGCUGCCGAAUGUCGCGAUGAGGAUUUGCGCGACGGGGUACAAGAGAUGGGUAGGGAAUAAGAACUUGGAGGAUUCGGACCGGAAGAAACUGCGCAACCUCGGCGUCACCCUGGUGCAAGACACCCAACCGUGCGACUACCUCGCCGCCCCCAAAGUCGUCCGCACGAUGAAAUUCCUCAAGUGCCUAGCCAAGGGCGCGGAAAUAAUCAACACUUCGUUCCUCGACGCCUGCCUCGAGACGAACAAGCGUCCGCCAGUGGAGGACCACUUUUUGGUUGACGAGGAAAACGAAAAGAAGUUCAACAUCAACCUCGGGACGUCUGUCGGGCGCGCGCGCGCGAAUAAAGGGAAGCUCCUGUGGAAUGUGCCGAUUUAUUGCACGGCGGACAUCAAGAACGGGGUGGAGAAUUUUAAAGCCAUUGCGGAGGCGAACGGGGCGAUAUUCAAGAUUUAUAGGGCGAGGAGCGGGACGACGAUCAAGCCGACGACGGCGGAGGAGGAUGGGGGGGCGGACCCGGACCCGGUGUAUUUGCUGAGCGGGACCACGCCGGGGGAGAAGGCGCUGUGGCCCAAGUUUGAGGAGAUGGCGGUUAAUGGGCACUGCGAGCCGAGGGUGGUGAAUGGGGAUUGGUUGUUGGAUGUGGCGAUGAGGCAGGAGUUGACGUUUGAUAAGAAGUAUCUUUGGAAGGGGCAGGAGGAGGCCGGGAGGGGGGACGUGAUGGAUUGAUUUAUCAUUGAGCGAGUUAUGGUGAGGCGUUUUUGGUGUUGUUAGCCGUUAGGUUAAGUUCAAAGUUAUUGUUUUUGGGUGGGUU